AUGCUGCGCGCAUUGCUGCUGUUCGCCAGCGCGACGGCAGCGCGAGCGCUGCGCGCGCCGGCGGCGCCGCAGGCCGCGGCGCGGUCGCUCUUCCACGAGGAGCUCGCGACGCUGCGCGCCGUCGCCGACGGCGCGUCGGCCACGGGCCGCUUCCGGCCCCACGCGCGCUACACGUCGCGCUUCGGCGAGGCGCUGCGCCACGGCGCCGGCAGCGAUCCCGACGUCGCGAGCCGCGCCGCCGCGAUGCGCGAUACGCUCGACGCCGGCGGCGACCCGCUCGCCGCCGCCGCCGAGCUCGGCGAGGCCGUGCUCCAGGCCCUCGAGUGCGAGGCACUGGUCGAGUCGCGCCGCCGCAUCAAGGACGCGUACCUCCUGUCCGACGCGGCGCCGCGCGACGGCGGCGAGGAGCUGAAAGGUCGCCUCUUCUUCGCCGCGCUCGAAGCCGUCGCGGACCGCGCGCCGUGCCUCGAGGGCGGUGGCCAGCUCGUCGAUCUGGUCUUCGCUUUGGCGCUGGCGCGGGGCGCGCUCCUGGCGACGGACGCGUCCCGGGGCCGGCGGCUGGAACGCGCGGUGACGGCGCACUUCCACGCGCUCCCGCGAGAGGCCGACGGCGUCGCCUUCGACGGCGUCGCGGCGGCGGACCUCCUGCGGACGCCGCGUUUUGAUGGAUGUGAUGCAGCGUCCUGCGCCACACAUACGCCGCUCCUGGUGGCGUUCGCGGGCCUCGGCGCGAGCGGUUUCGUGAGGUACGAGUGGCGCGGCGCGGCCCACCGCGUCGCCCGGCGCUCCCGGCCCUUCGACGCGCUCUUCGUCGCGGACCCGGCGGGCUCCUGGUACACGGGCGGCCUCGCGCGGCGCUACCGGAGCGACGCGGCCCUGGCGACGGCGCUGCGGCGCGCGCGGCGGCGGCGGCCCGUCGCGUUCGUGGGAGAUUCCAUGGGCGCCGCCGCCGCGCUCAAGCACGCGCGGCACGCCGACGCCGUCCACGCCGUGGCGCCCCAGACGGCGUCGUUGCACGCCGACGUCCACGUCGGCCGCGAGGACCUCUACCUGCGGCCGGCCUCGUGCGCGAGGCGCGUCGAGCGGCCGAUGGCGCGGUCCGUCCGCGCGGCGCUCCGGCGGGGCGCGCGCGUCGCCCUGCACCACGCGGCGGCCUGCGACGUCGACGCCGCGCACGCCGACGCGCUCGCCGCGCGCGUCCCCGCGACGCGGCGCGGCGACGGCGACUUCUGGGCCGGGCCGGCCGCGCGCGGCGCGCUCGACGUCGUCGCCCACGGCGGCUGCGAGAGCCACGACCUCGCGGGCCACCUCGGCCACACCGGGCGCCUCGACGACCUGCUGGCGCGGGCGAUCGAGGACGCCGUUAAUUCGCACUAG